AAGGGAUUUGUUUUUCUCAAAAUCUCUGAAAGCUUUUGGAUAUUUGUGAUCGCAUAGAUCGAUUCCUUUUGCGGAGAAAUGCAAUUGAUUCGUGGCAGUACAAGGUUGCUUCAGAGGCAUCGUUUCUCCAUCUCCAACACUCUUCCUUUCACUUCUUCUUCUUGUGGAAGCUGGUCUGCUAAUGAAUCGAGGAAGCUAGGCUUUGAUUCUUUCCCUAGUACUAGAGCUGCGACAUAUCUCAUUAGCUCGUUGAAAAAUGCCGGCUUUUCCUCUUUGGCAGUAGUACCUAAACAAAACUUUUCGUCGAGGUGUUUUUCCACCACUGGAGAUUCUGUUCAAGGAUCCCCUGAGUCAGAUUGUGUUGUGCCUCAGAGAAUCAAGUUUAAGCGGCUUGAUAAAACCGCUAAGCAUAUUAUGCAGAUUGUAGACAAGGAAGCAGUUGAGGAAGUGAGAACUCUUAGAGAGAUUCCAGAGAUAAAGCCUGGUUACAUUGUGCAGCUAAAAGUGGUAACUACUGUUGGCCUAGGUUGUAAUUUCUUUUUCUUGGGUGAGUAAGAUCAAACUAUCUUUCAUCUUCUAAGUGAAACCUUUCAUUUACUUUGUUUGAACAGGAAGUGCCUGAGAACAAGAGGCGUGUAUCAAUCGUAAAAGGCGUCGUCAUAGCAAGGCGUAAUGCUGGUCUCAACUCAACAUUUAGAAUUAGAAGGCUUGUUGCUGGAGUGGGCGUCGAAUCCAUGUUCCCCUUGUAUUCCCCAAACCUGAGGGUGAUUAAGGUGGUGGACAAGAAGAAAGUAAGAAGAGCCAAGCUUUAUUACCUCAGGGAAAAGGUCAAUGCUCUCAAGAAGCAUUAACAGCCUUAAUAAGAAUUAGCAGUCUACUCUUGUCUUUAAGAAUUGAAUUUGUGUAAUCGUGAAUCUCUUCAAUUCUCUUGAUAAGCCAAUCAUCACAAGCAGGUUAAAUUGAUCUUUCAUGAGUUCACCUCUCUGUUUUUGUUUCUACGUUGAACUCUGUUUUUUGAGUGUUUCCCUUCUCAGUUUCUUAUAAAAAGAUUAC